AUGAACAAGUUCCACGUCUACCAGGCCAUCGGCCAUGGCAAGCACUCGACGGUGUACAAGGGGAGAAAGAAGAAGACGAUCGAGUAUUUCGCGAUCAAGAGCGUGGACAAGUCGCAGAAGAGCAAGAUUCUGCAGGAGGUUAAGAUUCUUCACUCUCUUGAUCAUCCAAAUGUUUUGAAGUUCUACUCCUGGUGCGAAUCCUCUGCUCACCUGUGGUUGGUUUUGGAAUACUGCGUAGGAGGGGAUCUGAUUAGUUUACUACGACAGGAUGGACAGCUGCCUGAAGAAUCAGUUUAUGAGCUUGCCUACGAUAUUGUCAAAGCUUUGCAGUACAUACAUUCUCAAGGCAUCAUCUACUGUGAUCUAAAACCAUCAAACAUCCUGCUGGAUGAAAAUGGACGUUCAAAGCUAUGCGAUUUUGGGUUGGCUAGAAAAUCAGCUGACGUAUCAAGGACUCCUUCAUUGCUGCCGCAAGCAAAACGUGGAACACCGAGCUACAUGGCUCCUGAGCUGUUUGAGGAUGGCGUACAUUCUUAUGCUUCUGAUUUUUGGGCCCUUGGAUGUGUCCUUUAUGAGUGCUAUACAGGGAAACCUCCCUUUGUGGGCAAAGAAUUUACGCAGCUUGUGAACUCUAUCCUUUCAGAUCCAACUCCACCCCUCCCUGGAACUCCAAGCCGUACUUUUGUUAAUUUGAUAAGCUCUCUCUUAAUAAAGGAUCCUGCUGAAAGAAUAAAAUGGCCAGAACUUUGUGGGCAUGCUUUUUGGAGAACCAAGUUCACUGCAGUGCCUCUGCCCCCUGAGCCUGCCUUUGAUAGUAUGGUGGCACUCCGUGCUAAACCAUGCCUCUCAGAGCAUAAUGGGGAUAGAUCUACCAAAAACAAGACUCCUCCAAAGCCUCGUGAAAAAGAUGCUAGAGGGCGUUCAAAGCAUGAUGAGAAUUCUGUUGUUGGCGCAAGAGGUUAUGAGACACCUACAAAAGCUGCACUAAGUGCUCGAAAAAUGCAGGCGAAGACUGUUGGAAGAGGAGUGGAGGAAAAACAUAAAGAUUCUUCAAAAGCAACAAGAGCUGUGAAUCUUCUGAGGCUCUCAAGAAUAGCAAAAUUGAACUUGCAGAAGGAGAAUGACAAGGAGAACUAUCGAAGGCCUCUGCCUGGUGGCCCAGAGAAUGAUUCUGAAGUCAAAAUAGAAAACACUGAUAUGGAGCUUAAUUUCAAUGAGAAUGCCGAAGAUGAAGCACAUGAAGAGCAAGAUGGCUCUGAGAUCCCUGAUUCUAGCCCUGCCGACAAUCCUGUAAGUGAAAAUCAGAAUCAGAUACAAGAGGAAGAUAUGGAAGUAGAUAUGCAAAUUGAUACUUCUCCUGCUCCUAAUGUGCCUAGUUCAGAUGAUCAAAGAGUACUUGAACAGGAAUCUCCUUUGGAUCACACUUCAGUUUCUACUAAUACCCCUGGCAGUAGUCCUCAGCUGAAAAUUCAAAGAACUAAGGAAAUUUCAGCACCUGCUCAUGAAUAUGACUCUUCAAAAUCACCUAGCAAUCUCUCUGAAAUGCUGUGGCACCCAUCUGAUCUCUCAGUCAGACCUGUAAUGCCUAGCAGAAAAGCAGAUAGAGCUGCAGAGACAUUUCCCUCACUUCCUUUUGAGGCCUUGCCAGCAUCUGAGUUUGUGAAGAUGUCGAAGGGGCAGCAGGAUGCAUUGAGCAAUAAAAUCGUAACUAUUUUCACAGGAAAUACAAGUAGUGGAGAGAAACAGAAUGUUGUUAGAUAUCUUGAAAUGCUGACUAGUAAUCCGGAUGCAGCAAAUAUCUUGACCAAUGGACCAAUAAUGCUUGUCCUUGUUAAAUUGCUUCGAGUCUCAAAGGCUUAUGCUUUGCGUGUUCAAUUUGCCUCACUUAUUGGCUUGUUGAUUCGGCACUCUACUUUCAUAGAGGAUGAUUUAUCGCACUCCGGAAUUAUUAGUUCACUUACCGAAGCCCUACGAGAUGGCCAGGAAAAGGUCAGGAGGUUUUCCAUGGCUGCAUUGGGUGAGCUGCUCUUCUACAUCUCCACGCAGAAUGAGCAGAACAAAGAUAACACCACAGAGUCUCCCAUGAAGGAUGGUCGUUCUGCAUCUACCUGGCAGUAUAAAGGCUUUUCCUCUAUUGCAGGUCCCAAAUUCAUUGAUUUCUCUGGUAUCAUCCGUUCUACGAAAAGGAGAGGAUGA